AUGGUAUCGGAAAAUGAGAAACUAAGUAAUGAGCAAGAAGACCAAUAUAAAGCAAAAGUGAAAAAUGUCCCUGUAAGUCUGAUUCUUGGCUCGUCUUCGUCUUCUAUCACCGAUAACAAAACAAUGCUACCACCUUUGGGCACAACUAUAAAGCCCGAUCAGUCAGACUCUCAAAAGCAGUCUCACACCUAUCAACAGCUGCAGCUGCAGCAACAGCAGCAACAACAACAACAACAACAACAGCUUUAUGACUUUUCUUCUUCAAACCAGUCUUCAAUGUAUUCAGCGUAUCAACAACCAACUUAUGACACUUAUCAACAACGGCAAACGCCUUCUUCUUCUCAACCUUCAGCCACCUAUGCCCUAAUGCCCCAGUAUUCUAACAAUAAUAAUAAUAAUAAUAAUAAUAAUAAUAACAUUAAUACUGCUAAUAAUAAUAAUAAUAAUAAUAAUAAUACUGCCAAUAAUAAUCAAUAUCAAACUAGUUCAGGGAUACGAUAUCAAUACCCCCCUUCAAUUGGCCUUAGUCAAUCCUUGAAUACAUUGCAGGCUUCUAAUCCAGUGCCUCCAAGUGAAUUGGACCAUAGCUUACAUGAAGGUAAAAGGGGGAGAAGAUUCAGAAGAAGAUAUAAUCAAAUUGUAAGAAAAUAUCCAUGUUCGUUUCCCGGAUGUCUGAAAAGCUAUGGUUCUUUAAAUCACUUAAAUACACAUAUUGUUACUAAAAAACAUGGCCAUCGAAAAUCAAAGGCAGAUUUUCAAGGUUUUGGUUCGAAUAAGGAUGAGAAAGUGGAUUUAUCCUAUUCAGCGGAAACUCUGCAAUUGCAACAACAACCUCAGCAACCUCAGCAACCUCAACCUCAACCUCUGCAGCACCUUCACCUGCAGCACCAACAACUGCAAAUACCACAACAGCAGCUAUCCCAACAACAACAGACAUAUGCACAACAGCAGCUGCAGCAGCUGCAGCAACUGCAGCUGCAACAACAACAACACCAACAGCAGUCUCAAUAUGUGUCUCAUCCUGUAAAUGAAUACAAUUCGGGGAAUUACUGGUAUGGCUAUGCACCUCCAAAUUUACGACCAGGAACAUCACUAACAGUAGAAAAUUUUGGUACACAAUUACCUCAACAACAAUCAACAACAGCAGUAGCAGCUGGAAAUUUGUAUUAUCCGGGCUUUCAACCAUCAGCAACAGCGGCAACAGCGGCAACAGCGGCAACAGGAAUACUCGGAGCACCAACAACUACAACUCAACAAAGAGUCUCUGUACAUGGUGGCGGUACAUCCGGUGCGCAUGCUCAAUAUUACCAAGGACAAAGUUCUCUGCCGGGACAUUUACAACAAUCCUAUUAUCAGGCAUCAACACAAUCACAGCAAUACGGUCAACAACACCUGCCGCAACAGCAAACGCCAACAUUUCACUUGAGUCAACAACACACUCAACAGUCCCAUCAGUGA